GUUAUGAGUACUUGAUUGGUUUGAAUAUCCGUUACAAUCUUUGCCAUCCAAUUUUCAAGGAAAUAAACUCAUUAUCUUUAAAAUGAGUGGUAGCUUCAUCAAGGAGUUAAGCUUCAUCAGGUUUAAGAACGUGACAAUUAUGGGUUUCAAUGAUUGUAACUUCUUAACAAAACUUCCGGAUCUUUCAAGCAUCCUAAAUUUGAAGGAAUUGAUUGUUGAAAAGUGUACAAGUUUAGUUGAGGUGCAUGAUUCCGUUGGAUCCCUGGAUAAUCUUUUAAAAUUGAGUUUUCACGAAUGCUCUAACCUCCGAAUAUUUCCAAGAAGACUCAAGUUGAGAUCUUUACGCAACCUUAAUCUUAGUGAUUGCUCAAACCUUCAUGAAUUUCCUGAAAUUGGGUGUGAAAUGAAAUAUUUAAGUUCAUUAAAUCUACUUCGCAGCGCAGUGGAAGAACUACCUAUAUCUAUUAGGAACCUCACUGGACUUGAUGCUUUAAUUAUAAACAGUUGCAAAAACCUUGUGCUUCUCCCAAUUUUUCUGCUACAAAAUUUACGCAAGCUUGGAAUUGGUGGUCCAACAGUGGAAGAUGAGAUUUUAUUGAGUGAAGAAAGACUCCUUGAUUUGCAGCAUCCAACGAAUUCAAGCACUGCAUUACAAGUGUUGAAUCUUUCAAAUUGUCCCCAAAUAGAAUCAAGUUUCUUUCCAAAAUCUAGUUUCUUUACCAUGUUUAAUUCCUCGGCCACUUUGAGAAAGUUAAUUCUAUCGGAAAGUGAGAUGGUUAGCCUUCCCUCGAGCAUCAAAGGAUUUGUUGCACUCAGUGAACUCUACUUGCGGGACUGCGAAAAACUUGAAGAAAUCUUAGAACUUCCACCAAAUAUAAAAAGUGUAGAUGCUACAGGAUGCAUAUCGUUACAAAGAUUUUCUGAAGUAUUAAGAAUAUUGAAAUUUGAUGGAAGCCAUAUCAGAUCACUACAUAUGAUUUAAUUGGGUGGUUGCAAAAAAAUGCAUGAGAAGAUUUGGAAUUACAAAGUGCCAAAUCCUUUACUCUGGAAGGUAUGUAUAUAUUUUUCUCAUUCUCUCUCUCAAUUCUUUGUAAGAUGCAUGACUCUUAAACUGAUGAUGAUGAUAUUGGUUUAGCAGAGACAUUAUAAUGCCACUGCGUUAUCGGAAAAUGAGAUUCUAGAGUGGUUCCGGUAUCAAAAAGAAUUUUUAGAAAAUGAAAUUGUUAAGAGUGGGAAUGAUGAUGAUUUCCAACUGAGAAAAAAUGAAGAAUGGGUAAUAAAUAUUGAAGGGCCACACAAUUUGGAAGAUAUAAGUGGCAUUGUAGUAUACUCCCUUGUGUUUAAUAAAGAAGUUCGUGAAAGUUCAGAUUUUAUUUAUGAUGCUGAGAUAACCAGUAACAGCUCCAAUCAUGUACGCCUUAUCUAUUUCGAUGAAGGGGUAAAUUUGAUUAAUAUUUAUUAUACAACUGGAAGCAGAUAUGACAUAAAGGUUGGGUACUCCGAUUUAGAAUCAUUUGAGCUAAAGGUUUUGGACAAUUUGAGAGUUCACCUUCGUCCUCUUCCAAAUGUUUGGGAUCCUUUGCGGGUAAUAUUUUAUAGAUGUUGCGAAGCCAAUGUUGUAUACAAACACCAAAGCAGAGCACAUAAAAGAAGAAAAAUGGAUUGAAUUGUUUUGGGAUUUUUAGCCGUAUACAGAAGGAAAGAGGGAUUCUUAAACUUGGGGCAUCAACUUCCAGAUCUGGUGCAGAAGGACUAUGAUGAUCCAAAGGGCACAAACAAAGUUGUAGGCAUGAUAAUAGAAAUGCCCAAAGGUGAAGACGUGAUAAAGUUGAAUUCUGAAGCAUUUGUACAGAUGAAAAGACUUAGAGUGCUUAUCAAUCACAAUGCAAGUUUUUCAAGUGGGCCUAAUUAUCUCUCCAACGAAUUAAGAGUACUUGAUUGGUUUGAAUAUCCGCUACAAUCUUUGCCACCCAAUUUCCGUGGAAAUAAACUUAUUAUCUUUAAAAUGCGUGGUGGCUUCAUCAGGGAGUUAAGCUUCAUCAAGUUU